UCUAUGAUGGAAACAUCUAGAGAGUAAAUUUAGGAUCUAACCCACUAAAUGUGGCAUUUAACCCCUCUGCUAUUAUGGUAUGCUCUGCCAGAGCUUUGAUCCUGACAGCUGCUUCAUAAAGAGAAACGCCUACAGAAAUAAAUGUACUCUGUGAACAGUAACUUUAGACACAGCCAAGUACACUGCAGGUGCUUUCAAAAGUAAAAAGUAGUUCUGUUUGUUUAAUAGUCAAGGCAGUAAAGGAUGCAGCUGUAGUUGAUUCUUUGGUGUAUGAAAAAGCUACUUCUUUCUUUUUCAAUAAAAAACUUAAAUGUUGGCAUAACUAGUGAAUUAAGUCAAUUUGCAGGAUGCCUAGGAAAUAAUUAUGCUCAGCUUAAAACAAGUGGUUUCCUUUCUAUUUGGCACAUUUUUGAAGAAAAGCCAAAGGUUGGAGUCAAAAUGGUUUAUGUGACAUUCACAAAACGGGAGAUCGUGGGCACAGCAGCAGCUUUAUAUGGUAUAACUUAAGAUCUGAGACUGACAAGUUCCCAGGUCAAAUUUGCUCUGUGUCUGCAGGAGGGACUUUAAUUAGGGUACCUCAGUCACUGGGUAGGGGCAUGUCCUGGGAAAGAGUCUCUUCUGUAACACACUUCUUUAGGUAAUUAAGAAAUAGGAUCAGAAGGACAUACUCCAUAGCCAGCUAUGUUUCUCAAGAAAAAAUAUAAAAUUGUUCUAGAAAUCAAGUAUUAGGCACACGAAGGACAGAGGAUCUGGCCAGUAGCAUCAUUUUCAUAGGUAUUAAGGAGCAGUGCAAUAGCAGGUCUGAAAUACUGCAUGCAUCUGACAUACAGAGACCUGUAUGAAGUAAAAAUAUUUUAAUACAUGUAUGUUUUUCUGUUUUGAAGUCAGAUAACAGACAAAACAGAAACCAUGAGAAUCAAAAACUUUGGACUUCUUUGUGUGUUGAUUCUGGUCUCCCAGAUGCUACUGACCAGCUGUGAAAGACAGAAGGAAAGAAAAAAGGCAAGACAAGGCAUAGAAAACGGUGGAAAAAAACAAACUGAAUCAAACCAAGAGAAAGAAAAAGGGCGGAAGCCAAAAGGAGGAAAAGCAUCUCCUAAAGGCAAAUUUAAAACCAAAGAAAAUGCUGAGUGCACCUGGGCAGUGACCAGCAUGGAUGCCGCUACCAUGAGAGUCGAGUGCGUGAACAGUGACAGCAAGUUCUGGUGCGAGUUCUCUGGGGACCCUUCCACCUGUCCACACUACGCAGCAAACCAGAAAUCCUACUGGAAGCAAGUCUCCCGAUCCUUAAAGAAGCAGAAGCAGAUCUGUCAGGAUCCCAGAAGCAUCCUCAAAUCCAAAGUGUGCAGGAAAGGCCCACAAAGUGCUCACCUCAAACUGACACGCUCAAGCCUCCUAGUGUCGGUGGGUCCUUUGAAAGAGGAUGCAACCCACCACAAAAAAGAAGUGGCACAGGUCCCAGCCGCUGCCUCUGAGCCUGAAAAACAGCUAGAGCACAGCUCCCAAGACUGUGUUGAAGACGUCGAUUACAUUGAUCAGAAGAAGGUGGCUGAGGAGUACUGUCCAGAAAGUCUGCUGUCCUUCUGCAACUUUUUUAUAACAAUGGUGCAAGACAAAAAAUGCUGAGGAUGUGUUUGUAAAUCCCUGUGUCAUGAAAUUCUUAUCUCAACUAAGCUACUGCAAACUCGUCCAGAUUUUACUCUUAUGUUAUAUAGUGUAUAUAAGAACAAAAGUCACUCAGCUGUAUAUUUAUAUAUUUUUCUGAUUUUGUUUUUACACAGCAGACUACACUUGGCAUAGUUGAAGAUGUUAUAGACUUUAUUUGCACACAGAUUUCUACACAAGUGUUACCAAUAGAUGUUACGUACUCUGCACAGAGGUGUCUCAAUAGUCUCUUUGCCCCUUUUUGAGCUGUGCAGGCCAAAGGGAUGAAUUCAGUGCUAUGCACUUCUUGGUUAUGUACUAUAUACUUUUAACCUAAAAAUUAUUAAGUAAAAUAAACUUCAAAAUGUAUUCAAAACAUUCUCUCUCUCUUUAUAUUUAACUAGAUUUUUCUGUAAAUGCAAAGCUUUUAUCAAAGACUGACCAUUCACAGGAUCUAGGCAAAGU